AUGAAAGAGAAAGCUCCGUUGAAUAUUAUUACUGAUCAAGAUGGUGCUAUGAGAAGUGCAAUUGAACAUGUGUUCCCACUUGCAAAUCAUAGGAACUGUCGAUGGCACAUAAUGAAUAAAGCAGCGGGUACUGUAGGUCCGUUACUUAAGGAAGAUAAAGAGUUAGAGGACGAAUUCAAGGACUGUAUAAACUACAGUGUCAUGCCGGAAGAGUUUGAGGAAAAGUGGCAAUCUAUGAUUCAAAAGCAUGGCUUGCAGGACAACAAGCAUUUUGGGCAUUUGUAUAGCAUCCGACAGAGUUUUGUGCCAGCGUACUAUAUGCAUUGCUUCUUCCCGUUCCUCCAAUCCGUGCAAAGAAGUGAAGGUUUUAACGCAGUGUUGAAGUUGUAUGUCAGCCCAAACUUAUCAAUACUGGACUUUGUCAAGCAAUACCAAAAGAUUCAAGAUAAGUGUCUUGUUGCUCAAGAUGGGCAAGACUUCAGAACUGAUGAUAAGACUCGAAACACAAGGUCGAAGAACCCUAUUGAGAAGCAUGCCUCAACUGUGUACACGAAGAACAUAUUCUACAGAUUCUCAAAAGAAUUUGAAAAGAUCGAAGAGUAUUUUGUGCAGCAUAUAGGUGACUACCAGUUCAAGCUUGUGCCAAAUGACAAGUUUGUUGAUGGCUAUGGCACUAGAUUUGGUGUCAAGAAGCUGCCUGACCGAUACAUAAUGGAAAGGUGGAAGCAACAGGAAAUGACUGUUGGCACAAAUGCUAAUGCAAAUCUUCAAGCUGAUGUUGGGACUAGUGGUAUGCUUUUGCAGAACCAAAAGGCAAUAAGAUUCAGCAAUCUUGCCUCCACGCUCACAAAGUUUGCUCGCGAGGGAUCAAACUCAGAAGAUGCUUAUGAAAUUGUUACAAAGCACAUUGGAAUGAUGCGAUCUAAACUUGAAGAUCUAAAGAAGAAGAAGAAGAAAAGGACACGGUGUAAUGAGAUAUCAGCUAAUACUAUUGCUGGUGCUCUCAAUAAUCCCAGCACUCCUCAUGUUACAAAUGCACAUAUGACUGCAGCUUCUGCACCUUUAACUACUGCAACUUCAGUUGCUGCAUCCACAACUGCUAUGUCUAGUCAUACUGGACUUAGGACUAUUGGAACAAAUCUACAUGAUCCUUCUAUUCCUAGUAAUUCAAGAAAAGUAAAGAAUCCUCAAAGAUCAGUUAUCAAAGGGAGAAAAAAGUCAAAAAGGCUAUCUAAUGGAAUGAAUGCACAACCAAAGAGGAGGAACCAGGGCAGCAUUUGUCACUCUAAUAAGCACAUAGGUCCCAAGUGUCCGAAUAAAAUAGAAAAAAGAGUUCCAAAUGCAGAAAUGCAGGUAUUCACAUAG